AGAGAGAACGCACUGAAUACGCUUUCACUCCAGGAGUCAUAUUGUUAUCCAUCACAUCACAUCGCAAGUAGAUGUGAGCAGUGUGCACAUAUUGACUGAUGAGAAUAUUUGGAGAAAGCCUUGUGAGACAAGCUGUUUGAUUUUCGAGGGUGGAUUUCAGUUUGUUGGCCAACGGUCUGCUGGAGAAACAAGUGAUACAUUCACGCUGUCUGCCCAUUUCUUGUCAUCUCCUCACAGACAAAGGGGAGCUUGACUCUGGAACUUGAUAUUGCUAAACAAUAGUGCAGAUCAGUUACCAUGGAAACCAUUUUGCUCUUCUUCUCGUCACUCCUGGUGUGUGUGGCUGCUGUAACAGACCCCAGUGCACAGGAUGACAAGGAGACAGUUGAAAACCCAUUUGUUUAUGACUAUGAGAGCCUGAGGAUUGGUGGAUUGGCAUUUGCUGUAGUGCUGUUCACACUGGGAAUUCUUCUCAUCCUUAGUCGACGAUGGCGCUGCAGUAUCAACCAGAAGCCUAGGGCCCCCGGAGACGAGGAGGCAAAGGAGGACAGCCUGAUUGUCUCCAAGGUUGGUGCGGCGGCUGCCAAAGAGACUCCAGCUGAGGACUGAGGCAACGCCACCGAACCAAACUGCCGUCUGAAGUGAUGAUCAGUUUUAUUUGAUAUUACAGGAAACCACUAUAACACUGAAGAAAUGGAUGAUUAUAAUAACUGGUUAUAUGACAGGGUAAGAGAGGAGGUAUACUACACGUUUAGAGGAGAUAUAUUUACAUAAAUGUUGUGCCCGAAAGACAAAACUUUAGCCUGUUGUGCUCCAUUGUGACUGUACCAAUCCCUCAGUGCUCCUGUCCGUUCCUGUGCCUUUCUGUGAUAGUCUCUCACUCCAGUUCCUUGUCUUAGCCAGUAGCACUUUUGACACAAUAUUGUCUCUGAAGCCCUACAAGAUGUUAUAACGUGUGAUCUGCUGUUCUUCGUUUUGUACUUCUAUCUAUUGCCCUUUAGGUUUUAGGAUUUGUCAGUGUGUUGUUUAAGUUGUCGGUCGUUCUCAAAAAUGUUUGUCACAUUUGGAUUAUCACAUACGUAUAUGCAUAAAUACCGUUUACAUAUACAGUAUAUAUAGUAUAUAUACUGAAUAUAUAGUAUGUAUACUGUAUAUAUAUAAAUAUAACAGAUAGUUUAUAGAUAAGAUAUACAGUUAAAUAUAAUUCACUUAGGUCUAUGUUUGAAUGGUUGGGUGUGUUUGCACAAACCAUACCAUCUUGUAUAUGUAUGAUUGUGUAUAUAUCACAAGUGCAUCUCUAGCUCUACAUGUAAAUGUGAUGAGCCUGAUAUAAGACAAUCUCAACUGCCACAGCUCUCUGACUAAGCACAGGAAUGGUUUGCAGGUAUCUGCAUUAGCUCCUUUAACACAGCGCCUUACCAUCUACAGUGGAGGGAGCUCCUGCGUCAGCUGUCUCACUGCCUUCCACACAUCCACUCCCCCGUUCUGUCACUGGCUCCGCCAGGAUUAACUCGUCUCCAGCAGACUAUGAUUAGUUUCCCCAUGCACACAUUAACUAGUUCUGCAAAUCUAUGAAACCUGGGUCUCUUUCCUUUCUCUUUGGUGUUUGUACGUUGCUUACUCAUUCGCCACAAUGCUUUGAAUGGCCAUACAUGUCUUACAUUUCUGAAAAAAGAGAGACAAAGUUUGGGUGCUGAGUUUGAGAGAAGUAUUUAAAAUUGACAUUAUUUAUGUGCAAGACUACAUUACUGUAAUAGUAGCCUAUGUAAGCCAAAUCAUUGCAGGAGAACAAAUGAACAAUCCUUGUGAAUUUCUCCUGUCAGAUCAGGCUUUCACCAAUCUUAAGAGUGUUUUAAGGCCCAACGCUGUACAAAUAAAUGCUAUGUUCAUUUUAGGAGGCCUUGUUGUGUAGCAAGCUGUUGUACUUUUGGCAUAGAUAAAUAAAAGUCUGUCUGAAC